AUGCAUGCCCACAAAGACAACGACCUCCCAGACAUCCACCGCUACAUAACGACCCACAGUAGUGAAGGCGAAGCAGUUUUUCUCUCUCACGCCCAAGUCCCGAUCUACAUACCCUCCCAACCAGCCGGCGGAGACGGUGAAAUCGCCCUCCUCUAUGCAACAGAGACCGUCCCCGCCUUGCUGGAAGACGAGGCCGACAUAGCCUUGUAUGACGAGUAUCUUCACAACCCUCCAGGCUUGACAACGGAAACAGGGACGGUAUUCCGGAUGAUAGAUCUGAAGCCGGGAAAGAAGACGCCCAUGCAUCGAACUGUCAGUUUGGACUAUGGGAUCGUAUUGGAGGGGGAUGUAGAUCUUGUGCUGGAUUCUGGGGCCAGUCGACACUUGCAUCGGGGGGAUGUUUGUAUUCAGAGGGGGACGGCGCAUGCGUUUCGAAAUCGGAGUGGGAAGGAGUGGUGUCGGAUGUUGUUUGUUUUUUUGCCGAUGCAGAAGUUGAGUUAUCAAGGAAAGGAGCUAGGGGAGGAGGUCUAUGAUGCUGGUUAUGAGGAAUCGGAGAGUGAGUAG